AUGGGGUUACUUCGUUCAGACGCAACUUUCUUUGCGAAUGGGAAGCUUCAUUUCGAUACUAUUACUUUUGUUCCUAAUUCCGGUGAUCGCCGAUCGUUUGUGGAUGGGAAGCUUCAUUGGGGUACUUAUAUUUCUGGUCCUGAUGAGCACUUGGGCGAGAAUGUUAUUUCUUUUGAUUUAGCUUAUGAGAAAUGGGAAAAGAUGGAGAAGCCCUCCUAUGGAGAAGGAGAGACCGAAUUGUGCGUGGGAAAGUUGGGAAGUGAUCUCUGUGUCUUUACUAAUUCUAAGACAACUGAUCAUUUAGGUGCUUGGGUUAUGAAGGAGUAUGGAGUUAAAGAAUCUUGGAUAAAGAUGUUUACCAUCACGUAUCCAGAUAAUCUAGACGAGGAGCCAACCUUUUUCGUGUCAAAUAAAGGUGAAAUAUCGACGGUGUUUGGAGCAACUUCCAUGAUAUACAAUUCAAAAGAUGAAUCAUUAAGAUAUUCAGAUGUUACUAACUAUCAUGACGAGUAA